UCCUGCCACUCACAAAUAAACAAAGAACAAGAACGGAAGUCAACGAUCACCCUCUGUAGAUGAGAAAAUAUUUGGAUUUGAAACCCCCAUUAUUACAAUUAUACAUAUGCCUAAGCUACUGAUUCAAAAUCGUCCUCAUCUUUUUUCCUUGAGCUACUUCCGUUCUCUCCCUUCAGACUUGCCCUGCCACAAGAGUCUCACUCUUGUUUCUUCGACUUUUUCUCCACAAAACAAUGGCAAUGUUUUUCUUGUUUCUCUCUAUCUUUUUGUUUGUUUAUAUCUGGAGAUUCAUCAUACGAAGCCGUCAUAUUUCUCCAUCCCCAUCUACUCCUUCCACCUUAACCACCGCCCAACCACAAGUAAUUAAAUAUGAUGUCUUCCUUAGUUUCAGGGGAGAAGACACUCGUUUUGAUUUUACCAGCCACCUCUAUGCUGCUUUGAAACGGAAACAAAUCCUAACUUUCAUAGAUUAUCAGCUUGUGAGAGGAGAUGAGAUUUCGGCAUCACUUCUGAGAACAAUUGAAGAGGCCAAGCUUUCUGUGAUUGUUUUUUCUGAAAACUAUGCAUCUUCCAAAUGGUGCUUGGAGGAGCUUGCAAAGAUUUUUGAGCGUAGAAAAAAUAACGGACAGAUAGUUAUUCCGGUAUUCUACCAGGUGGAUCCAUCCCAUGUAAGAAAUCAAACAGGAAGCUUUGGGGAUGCAUUUGCGAGACUUAUAAGGAAGAAAGCUUUGACGAUGGACAAAGAGCAGAGCUUCAGAGACGCUUUGACGGAUGCAGCCACUCUAUCUGGAUGGUCCUUAGGGAAUUCUGAGCUGGAGUCUGAAUUUAUUAAGAAUAUCGUUGGAGAUGUUUUGAAAAAAUUGCAUGCCAUGUCUUCAAGUCACACUACGACGGGUCUAUUUGGAAUUGAUGUUCGUGUUAGCAAAGUUGAGUUUUUGUUAGAUAUGGAAUCUCCAGAUGUUCUCAUUGUAGGCAUAUGGGGAAUGGGUGGUAUCGGUAAGACAACGAUUGCUGAAGCUGUUUGCAGCAAGGUUCGUUCUCGAUUUCAAGAAAUAUUUUUUGAAAGCUUUAGGCAACAAUCUGAUUUGCGAAGAAAAUUUCUUAAACGGCUGCUUGGCCAAGAAACUCUGGACACUAUGGGCUCCUUGAGUUUUCGACAUUCUUUGGUGAGGGAUAGACUUCGUCGAAUAAAGGUGUUUAUUGUUCUGGAUGAUGUGGAUGAUUUAAUUCGUUUUGAAGAAUGGAAAUAUUUGCUUGAUCGACAAAACAGUUCAUUUGGUCCGGGCAGUAAAGUUCUCAUAACAAGUAGGGACAAGCAGGUGCUUAGCAAUGUAGUUGAUGAGACAUAUGAGGUUGAGGGGUUAAAUGAUGAAGAAGCUAUUCAACUCUUUAGCUCGAAAGCAUUGAAGAAUUGCAUCCCCACAAUUGAUCAAAGACGCUUGAUAAAAAAGAUUGUAAGUCAUGUACAAGGCAAUCCGUUGGCUCUUAUAGUUUUGGGUUCCUCUCUCUAUGGUAAAAGCAUCGAAAAAUGGCGUAGUGCAUUGAAUAAACUAGCUCAGCACCCUCAAAUUGAAAUGGCGUUGAGAAUUAGUUACGAUGGGUUGGAUUCAGAACAAAAAUCCAUAUUUCUUGACAUAGCGCAUUUCUUCAUAGGAUGGGAGCAAGACAGGGCAACAAGAAUAUUAGAUGGCUUUUAUGGUCGGUCUGUGAAGUUCGAUAUAAGCACGCUCAUUGAUAAGUGUCUCAUAACUACUGGUAACGGUUAUGAUGACAACAGUUAUGAAAUAUAUUGGCUAGAAAUGCAUGAUUUACUACAAGAAAUGGCAUUUAACAUUGUUCGUGCAGAAUCUGAUUUUCCUGGCGAACGUAGCAGGUUAUGUCAUCCUCCUGAUGUCGUUCAAGUAUUGGAGGAAAAUAAGGGAACUCGAAAAAUUAAAGGCAUAUCUUUGGACAUGUCCAUGUUAUCGAGACAGAUACACUUGAAAUCUGAUGCCUUCGCAAUGAUGGAUGGUCUUCGAUUUCUCAAUUUCGAUCACGAUGGUUCCUCCGAAGAAGAUAAAAUGCACCUUCCUCCUACUGGCCUCGAAUAUCUUCCUAAUGAGCUGAGAUAUUUGCGAUGGGAUGGAUUCCCUUCGAAAUCCUUGCCGCCAUCUUUUCGUGCUGAACACCUUGUCGAGCUUCACCUAAGCGGAAGCAAGCUUGUAAAACUUUGGACAGGAGUAAAGGAUGUUCGAAAUUUAAGAGAAAUUGACCUAUCUUUCUCUCCAUAUUUGACGGAAUUGCCAGAUCUAUCAAUGGCAAAAAAUUUAGUGUCCUUAAGACUUGUGGACUGUCCAAGUUUAACCGAGGUUCCGUCAUCUCUUCAAUAUCUUGACAAGCUGGAAAAAAUUGAUCUCUAUGGUUGCUAUAAUCUUAGAAGUUUUCCAAUGCUUGAUUCAAAGGUUCUCAGGUUCCUUACUAUAAGUCGGUGCCUAGAUGUGACCACGUGUCCAACGAUUUCACAAAAUAUGGUAUGGUUACGGUUGGAACAAACUUCAAUCAAAGAAGUUCCACAAUCAGUUACUGGCAAGUUGGAAGUCCUUGAUCUAUGGGGUUGUUCUAAGAUGACCAAGUUUCCAAAGAUUUCAGGGGAUAUAGAAAAAUUAAAUCUAGGCGGAACUGCUAUUAAAGAGGUGCCCUCAUCAAUCCAGUUUCUCACAAGACUCUGCUAUUUGGAUAUGAGUGGUUGCUCAGAACUUGAGAGCCUCCCAGAAAUCACAGUGCCUAUGAAAUCUUUAGAGUCUCUUCACUUGAGUGGAACGCCACUUAAAGAGCUACCCUCAUCAAUCCAGUUUCUCACAAGACUCGAAAAGUUGGAUAUGAUUGGUUGCUCAAAACUUGAGAGCUUCCCAGAAAUCACAGUGCCUAUGAAAUUUUUGAAGGUUAUUAACUUGAGUAAGACAGGCAUUAAAGACCUUUGA